AUGGCCGACUCCGAUGGCGAGUACGUCGCCGACAUGUCGGACGACGACAUCAUGGACCACACCGUGACCGACGGCGACCCGAGCGCAGCCCGACCCAAGGGCGCCAAAGCAUCCAAGAAGAAGCGCGACCGCAACGGCUCCAAGGCAUGGGAACAGUCCAAGCGGACGUGGGAGACGGACCUCCCCGAGGAGGACGACGGCAUGCUCAACCUGGCGGGCUACGAGGCCGAGCGCCGGCGGCGGCUGCUGCGCGACACGACGCCGCUGCAGCGAGGCAUCAUCCGGCACCUGGUGCUGGUGCUGGACAUGUCGUUUGCCAUGGCCGAGAAGGACCUGCUGCCCACGCGGCACCGGCUGACGCUGAGCUACGCGGCGGCCUUUGUGCGCGAGUACUUUGAGCAGAACCCGAUUUCGCAGCUGGGCAUUGUGGGCAUGAGGGAUGGAGUGGCCGUUCGCAUCAGCGACAUGGGAGGGAAUCCGGCCGAGCAUCUGGAGCGGCUGCGGGAUCUGGAGGGCCAGGACCCGCAGGGGAAUCCGAGUUUGCAGAAUGCGCUGGAGAUGUGUCGCGGAGCGCUGUUCCAUGCUCCUUCACACGGCACACGCGAGGUGCUCAUCAUAUACGGCGCCCUGCUAUCGAGCGACCCGGGCGACAUCCACGACACCAUCGGCAACCUCAUCGCCGACAGAAUACGGGUAUCUGUCGUCGGACUGUCCGCCCAGGUCGCCAUUUGCGCAGAGCUCUGCUCACGGACGAACGCGGGCGACGAAUCACAAUACAAUGUCGCCAUGGACGAAACACACUACAGAGAGCUCUUCCUCGCGGCAACCACACCGCCGGUGAACCGAACAAAAGAGCAGAGCACAUCCAGUCUCCUGAUGAUGGGCUUCCCAUCUCGGACGCUUGCUCCUGGGGGAACCACCAGCUACUGCGCCUGCCACAGCAAGCCUUGCCGAGAGGGCUAUCUCUGCACUCGAUGCAGCGCCAAGGUCUGCAGACUACCUUCAGAAUGUCCCGCCUGCGGACUGACGCUUAUUCUGUCUACACAUCUUGCUCGAUCCUAUCAUCAUCUUUUCCCUUUGCGAAACUGGGUGGAAGUACCUUGGGCCGAAGCCACGCAAUCCAUAGCCUGUUUUUCCUGCCAGACUUUCUUUCCAGAACCACCCAAAUCAAUCAAGGACAAGGGAAAGGAUGAAGCGCCGGCAAAGGCGCUGGCAAAAGGCGUGAGUGAGAGCGGGAGGUACAAGUGCCAGGUGUGCGGCAACCACUUCUGCAUUGACUGCGAUGUCUUUGCUCACAUGGUGAUACAUAAUUGUCCUGGAUGCCAGAGCCAGUCGCAAGCUGCUGCACCUGCUGGUGUUGAUGGCGUGCCGGUGGAAGCAAAUGGGAAUGGGCAUACGAAUGGUGAUGGAGUCAUGGUUAUAGACGGGUAG